AGUUUUCAUCAGAAGAGUUCCAGAACAUCAGCAAAAUAUACGUGUAAGUUUUUUUUCCUCCAGAAAAACUGGAUUUUUCUCCGUUUCUUUCGGAUGUUCCGCGAUCCGCUGUAAGUGUGCGGUCCGAGUGAUCCAAGGACAAGUGGCAACUCCGCCCGGAUAGCUAGUUUGAAAAGCGGCCCGCGAACAAAUUCGAAAGGCCAAAAAGUACCGUAAAAAGUGGGUGGAGAAGAAGAACAAGAGCCGUCGCGAAACGCCCGCGGGAAGAAGAUUCUCCAGAACGAUGAUAAGUUCGGCGAGCAACAUUGAGUUGUUGGACGGUUCCGACACCGAGGACAGCAAGAUUCUCAAGUGGAACCUGCCGCUGAAAGAGCUGUUCCGGAUGGCUUGUAGCUUCUAUAAGGAAAAGUCCGGCAAGGCGAUUCACCUGAGCUACGAGGACAACCUGAAGCUGGUGGCAUUUACGCAGCAGGCUGCCCAUGGUCCGUUAGAUUUGGUCAAGGCUCCACCGCUCGGAAUGUUCGACGUAAUUGGGAAGGACAGACGCAUUGCGUGGCAACAUCUCGGAACCAUUACGAAGCUGCAGGCCAUGGAGGGCUUCAUUGACCUGCUGGAUCGACUCUGUCCACUGUUCAAGCCGUACGUGGAAGCGAUCAAGAAGGAUCGCGAGGAAAAACUGCGACAAGCCCAGCUGGAAGAGGCUCGACAGCGCGAACAAUUGGAGAGCGAAAAAGAGCAAAUGGCCGAACAGAAACGCAUCGAGGACGAGAAGAACCGCGAGGAGCUGCAACGACGCCAGCUGCAGGACGCACUCAACCAGCAAACCUAUCACCAGUUUAAGGAGUACGCCGAGAAGCAGUUCCCGGGCAAUCCGGAACAGCAAGCCAUCCUGAUUCGGCAGUUGCAAACCGAACACUAUCACCAGUACAUGCAGCAGCUGCAGGCUCAGGUCGCCAGUAACUAUUCGCACCAGAUGAGGACGGCACCGGACGCACAAGAAGAGCUCAACGGAACGGAUCAGCAGCAGCUGCUGCAGGUUGGCCAGCAAACGGAUCUGGUUGUGAGCGCCAAAGAGAGCAGUCAGCUCGAGUACAAAGAGCAGUGCGAAAGUGACGACGAGUCGGGAGAGUACGCAGUCAUCAGCCCGGCCAACAUGUGGACAAAGCCGGACAUCAAGCUGUUCAAACAGGAAGUGACCUCCGGCAAGGGCGACGGCGUGAUUCGGGUUGGCCACGGCGACACUGUAACGGUUCGCGUUCCCACGCACGAGGGCGGUUCCUGCCUGUUUUGGGAGUUUGCCACCGACAGCUACGACAUCGGGUUCGGCGUGUACUUUGAGUGGGGCAAACCGCCGACGACGGAAGUUUCGGUGCACAUCAGCGAGAGCGACGAGGACGACGACACGCUGGAGGACGAUGAUUCCGUGGCCUGUGUGGACGACCUCGAGUGUGGUGGGCAGCAGGGCCAGCAGCAGCAGCCCAAACAGUACAGCAGCGGGGCCAGCAGCUCGCUCGCGAACCGGAACCCGAUCUCGAUCAUCGUUCCCAUCUACCGGCGCGAGUGCCAAACCGAGGUUUACGCCGGUUCGCACGCCUACCCGGGCGAGGGAACGUACCUGCUCAAGUUUGACAACAGCUACAGCCUGUGGCGCUCCAAGACGCUCUACUACAAGGUGUUUUACACGCGAUAAUCAGCACAGGAACGUUCCUUUUCGUUAUUUUUUAAGGUUUUUUUUUGGGUUCGUCACUCCGCGACGUCGUUCGAAUCCGUUUCGAAGUGGUGAGGCGAAGAGCACCAGGUUUUAGUUACAGUGAGAAAGAAUGACGCCCCCUUUUUGUAACAACUAUCGAACUGUACCUUUGACAGAAACAGACACACACACACUUUUUGCACACAAAGUCACAAUGUGAAAAAGUAGCUAAUUUAUUGAGAGGCGUAAAAAGAAGCAACAGUUGUUUGUUAGUUGAAUAGAUUUUAAUCUUAGGCUCGUAUCUUUAGAGAGAAAUAAAUUAACAGAAGGACAUUUUCGGAACAGUUCGGAACCAACCUUUUGGUUUGCGUGAGAAUUUUUAUGUCAAGGUGCAUGCUCUAGAGAAAACAUAAAAUAAAAUAUCGCUCUAUUUAUAGAUGUAACCAUUUUGAGAAGAUGAUCGAAUAACCGAACCCCAACCAAAAAAAGAAAUCAUAAUCGUUCUCUAAACAGACAAGGAGCAACAACAAACACAAAUAAAAAAAAAAAACAGUUUCAUGUAAAUGGUCAAACCCCUGAGAAAAGA